AUGGAUGUCGGGGGUGCAGACACUGUACGAGACGUGCUGCGUGUAGAGCGUCUUUCUUACAUCGGCUCGAAUGUCUCAAGCCAUGAUGACGAGGACAAUUUUACUGAAAGUACUCAAUUUCGAAAAAUCGAAAAGGAUGAAAACGGAGGAACGCAACUUCGAUCCGGUGACGCUCCAAACUUGUACCACUGGCGCCACAUUGGUUUGUUAGUGCAGUAUGCAGCUGUGGGCUUGUUAUACGGCGGACUACCGCGCACUGUAUAUCCAUUUCUGAAUAAUUAUUUGCGUAUGAACGGCUACCAGACGCUCUCAGCACGCGUGCUGCUUUCUCUACCAUGGUCAUUUAAAGUCCUCAUUGGCAUUGUUUCCGACUGUUUUCCUAUCUUUCACUCGCGUCGUCGUGCAUACAUGGUCUUGGGAUGGAUCAUUUGCUCGAGCAUGUUGCUCAUACUCGUGUUUGUCGAUCAAGAGCCACCGUACUACUUGGACUCGUCAUUGCGAGGUAAAGAUUUGUCAAAGAUAUCUCCAGCUGAACUUCAAGGUCGAGUGAAUGUCCAUGCACCAAGCUCAGGAUCGUUUUAUAUUGUGUUUAUGAUGUUAGCCAGUGUGGGAUAUAUGAUUGCUGAUGUUGCGUCUGAUGGACUUGUGGUGGAGUUUGCCCAACAGGAACCUGAAAAUAUACGCGGGAACAUUCAGUCGACUGUCUACCUUGUGCGUAGCGUUCUGAUGAUCCUGGCAGCAUUGCUGGUCGGAUUCGGUCUGAAUGGCAAAGAUUAUGGAGGUUCAUUCACGUGGUCACUUACGAUAAGCCAACUGAUGUUAAUAUUCUCGUUACUGAGCUUGGUGGCGAUUCCUGCAGCACUCUGGUUCGUUCAAGAACCAGUGUUUGGUGACCGUGUACCGCAAUUUAGUAAAUACAUGCACAGUUUAUGGAUGUCAAUUCAAAAUUCGGCCAUGGUACAGAUUUUGGCCUACCGAUUUUUCAGCGGCAUAUUUGAUGGUUUCACAGUCACAGCAGGUGAUCCUAUUCAAAGGUACUGGGCAAGCGUCCACCCACUCAACGAGAGCUUAUUUUCUGUGCUUGGACUUGUCGUGUUUAGUGCCGCUUUGUAUGUGACAAAAAGAAUUGGUUUAGGUUGGAGCUGGCACCGCGUGAUUUCAUGGACAACUGUGUCAGUGAUUGUUCUGGACGCCAUUGUGGGAAUGCUGACGAUCUGGGGCGUUGUGCGCAGCCAGUGGUUUUGGCUUGGUACACCGAUCCUGGAGGAGCUUCCACAAGCUAUGAAUUUUCUUGUGUCAACCUUUGUAGUCGUGGAGCUGGCAGAUCUCGGUAAUGAAGCUGCUGUUUAUGGUCUUAUGACGACGGUGAGUAACCUCUCCAGUCCGUUUGCUUCGUGCAUUUCGAAGAAUGUCAAUGCGCUUUUUGACGUUGGCGUUGCUGAUAUCAUCCGAGACUCUCAACAUGUGCGCUUGCAAGUCACCUGGACGUUUGUGAUUGCGUACAUCAUGAAGUUAUUGUCACUAUUGUGGCUGCCAUUGCUUCCACGACAAAAGAGAGAAACCCAAGCUCUCAAGCAACGAUCCCGACAAUGUUUUUGGGGUGGUAUUGCCAUUAUUGUUAUAUUUGUCUUUGCUCUUGUUUGGUCCAUUACCACAAAUCUUCUUUCAGUCUUUCCCAAAACCGCAUGCCGUAUCAUUGCAGGUGGCCCUGGAUGUAACAAGUCCACACGCUCUCGAUUGAAUGCCGAAAAGGUUACACUUUAUGAAGAUGAAAGGAUAACAGAUCAGGCCACAAAAGAAGGACAGAAAGCUGCAGAUGCUUUGGUUCUUACGCCUUACGAAAAGGUAACGGCUACAGCCACUGGUGGCUUUUGGCUUGGACUCCUAGGUCUGGGUGCCGUCGGUGUCUACUUUGUCGCUCGUGAGCUGCUGCCCAACCGCAUGAGCCCUAAUGGUCUCUUCAGCGAAUCGCUGGAAUUCCUCUCGGAAAAUACGGAUGUGACGUCGCGACUUGGUUUGCCAAUUCACGGUUAUGGUCACGACCACGGUGGUCAUCGUGAAGGUCGUCGUAAUCGUAUUGAACACGUAAAUCUCACUGCUAAGGACGGCACACCGCGUCUUCGUAUCAAGUAUAACAUAAAGGGUCCUUCAGGCCAUGCCUACGUGUUUGCAGAGGUGAAUAAGAAUAUGAAGAAGAACGAGUAUGUGUACCUCAUUGUACAAGUGACCAAAACUGGCGAAUUGCUCAAGAUUAUCGACAAUCGACAAAUUCUUGAAGCCGAAACUAAAGAGGAGCAAGAUGCUCUCCGCCAACUGCUCGGUAAAUAG